UAUUUCUGUAACCACACUUCGAUUGCAAUCGUGAAUAUCUUUUUCGAAUGAGAAAGUCCUUAAGCAGUGAUGCGCGCAAUGAAGUCCUGAUUCUGCUUCGACUAAAAUAAAUGCAGUGAGAAUUGAUCUAAAAAAAAAAAGGGAUCUAUUGGCUCAAUCUUUAGUCGGGCAAAAAUAUGCAGUAGGAAGUUGCUUUUGAAACAAUAAAACAUGGUAAAGUGUUGUUAUCUUAGAAGUUGUUAUAUUAGUCCAAAAGAUUUAUAACGUACUUUUAUUGUGAACAUUUAUCAUUAGAAGUCUGCCUGUUUUGCUAUUUUCAUAAUGAGUAGCUAAUUAUUAGGCAAUUUUCUCUGUUUUAUUUUAUGCUUCAACAAUUGCUCGGUUUCAUUUCGGUUGUGAUAUAGAGCUCAUUACAUUGUCAUUUAUCAUAGACAUAGUAUUUAUUCACAUAAAUACAUAACAUUAAAUGCUAAUAAUUGAUAAAAGUUUUAUUUUGAAUUGCCUAAAAAUAUUCUUAAAUUUUUGUUAUUUCUUCAGGAGUUUGUUUAAGUCCCUUAAUUGUAAUUCCUGAGUAGACAAAAAUUUAUACAAUGGAAGAUUCUAACAGUAACUCAAGUGAAAGAACGGAAAAUCUUUCUGAUAACUCUACUAGUAACGUAAUAAACACUAAUAAUAAUGAUUUAUCUAAUUCAGAGGCGUUUCAUAAUAAAACCUCUUCUGAUAACUCUAAUAAUUCUAUAGAUACUUAUGAGAUGCCUCCUAAUAAAUGCCUUUCUGAUAACUCUGCGAACAACAUGACGAAUUCUAAUAAUAAUUCUUUAGAUAAUUCAGAGGCGUGUCCUAAUAACAGUGAAGUGCAAAUUAAAAAGACAUCAGAGCUAGAUAACAAAAAAAGUAAAAACAAACACUUGUGUGAGAUUUGUUCCAAAUAUUUUAGUUCGACAAAUGUACUAAGGCAGCAUACUAAGCUGCAUUUUAAUAUUCUACCAUUUGUUUGUAAAGUGUGUGACAAAAAAUUCAGUCGUAAAUACAAGUUAAAAGUACAUUCACUCGUUCACACUGGGGAAACUCCAUUUUCUUGUGACCUCUGUGAUCGGCGUUUCCGAGAAAAGAGUGCAUUAAAUCGUCACUUAACUUCUCAUUCAAGUGACAGAAAAUUUUCUUGCAAAAUUUGUCAUAAAACAUUCAAACGUUCAGAAGCACUCAAGUCCCAUUCAUAUACUCACACAGACAAAAUGCCUCAUGUUUGUGAAGUUUGCAACAAAGGUUUUGUCGAUAAGGUGAAAUUAAAUUGCCAUAUGAUAGUUCACACUGGCGUUAGUCCUUAUAAGUGUGAAAAGUGUGGGAAAUACUUUAAACGGUGUGCGUCACUACGAAUUCAUAUUCAAACUCAUUCGGAUGAAAGACCGUAUGUUUGCGAUAUAUGUAAAUGUAGUUUUAAAAGAGAGGAUACGUUAAAAGUCCAUUAUCGGGUACAUACGGGAGAAAGACCCUAUCAGUGUGACAUGUGUGAUAAAGGGUUUAGCGAUGUAUCUAAACUCAAGCUGCAUAAAUUAGUGCAUACUGGUGAAAGGCCACAUAAAUGUGAAACAUGUGGAAAGACUUAUCAACAAAAAGGUUAUCUAGUCUAUCAUGCUGCUACCCAUACGGGGGAGCGGCCGUUUGCAUGCACUCUUUGUGAUAAGUCGUUUCUGCGGCCGGGAAAGCUCAGAACUCAUUUAUCCAAAGUUCACGCAAUUGAUAAUCCUCAAGUGAGUGAUGCAUGUGGGAAAACGGAUCGUAAAUCUCGUACAAACAAAAUAUCUCUAGAGCAAAAAUCUCGUGUGAAAGUUGAGAGCGUUGAAAAUGAGAACAAACCUGAUGC